CAUGGACUCCAGGUAGCUCAGGAUGGAAAGUGGGUGGGCUUAUGGUUUUUUACCAGUCUUCCAGUGCUGCAGUCUGGCAGUCUACCAGUCCUUUCAGGAAGCAAGUCACUCAGCCUGGUUAGUCAGUGAGUAGCAGGUGAAGCGAGCACAAAGGCUGAAACCAGGGCAGCCAAGGCAGCAAGUAGUUUUUCAGUUUGUAUCAUGUUUAUUUUUUCCCUGAAGAGGCCUGGAAUAAACUCUCAGAACUGCAUUUUUUGACGUAUUUUGAGAAUUUUUUGUACUGCGUAAACCCGGAAACCCACUAUUCAUCAAGUAACUAUUUGAUUUACAUUUAAUUUUUGUUCGUUUACUUUUAAGUUUUUCCAUAGACAAGUAGUCACUACAACAAGUAAAAAACCCGGCCUUGGACCUUUGUUUUCAACGAUCUCAAAUCUGCUGAUGAGUGGAUGGUAAAGCCAUGGAGGAUUCCACUUCUUUGUUCUUGGACAAUGUCAGGAGGAGGAAGUGCCACGCCCACAAGCCAUGAGGUGCCUCAGAUAUAAGCCACAAACACUCAUGUCCCUCUUCGAUGACAACGUUCAAGUUAGGAGUCCAAAAACCAACACAACUGUGCAGACAUAUGCAUUUCUGGACCCGGGCAGCACAGCAACAUUCUGCACAGAAAGUCUGGCCAGAAGGCUGCAACUGAAGGGCAAGAGAACAAGCAUUCAGCUGCAAACGAUGGGUCAUAAAGACAUUGUGAGUACAAACAUCAUCUCUGGACUGCAAGUAGCAGCGUUUGAUAAAAAUGAUUUCAUUGAGCUUCCAGAUGUCAUGACACAAAAACGAAUGCCUGUUUCAAAGCGAAAUGUUCCACAACAGGAGGACAUUAACCAGUGGCCAUACCUGCAAAGUAUCAAGCUCCACAACUUAGAUGCUGAUGUAGAUUUACUCAUUGGCACAGACGCACCUAAAGUAAUGGAGCCGUGGGAGCUGAUAAACAGCCAGGAUGAUGGCCCAUAUGCAGUUUGGACUCGAGUUGGAUGGGUCAUCAAUGGACCACUUAGGAGUGAAAGGAGAAAGACAGACUGUCAUGCUUUCACCGCAAACAGGAUUUCUGUACAAAAUCUGGAAACAAUGUUGAUUGAACAAUAUAAUCAUGAUUUCAAUGAAAAAACAUCCCAAGAACAGAUUGAAAUGUCCAGAGAAGAUAUCAAGUUUAUGGAUAUCAUGAACAAUACAGCACAUUUAAUCAAUGGACAUUAUUGCAUUGAUUUGCCUUUUAAGGCUGAAAAUUCCACCUUGCCAGUGAACCGCUGUAUUGCAGAGCAACGUCUUCAAAGCCUUAAAAGGAAGUUUGAUAAGAGCAUCACCUUCAAGAAAGACUACAUUGCAUUUAUGGAUGACAUGAUAUGUAAUGGAUAUGCUGAAGUUGUUCCAAGUGAUCGCUUAGUGGGCAGUGAGGGAAAAGUGUGGUAUAUACCCCACCAUGGUGUUUAUCACCCCAGAAAAGGCAAACUACGAGUUGUUUUUGAUUGUGCUGCAACAUUCAAGGGGACCUCACUGAAUUGCCAGCUGUUACAAGGACCAGAUCUGACCAACUCAGUUGUGGAAGUCCUUGUGCGCUUUAGACAAGAGCCAAUUGCCAUUAUGGCAGAUAUUCAAGCCAUGUUUCACCAGGUCUAUGUUCCAGAGAAACAUAGAGACUUUCUUCGCUUCCUCUGGUGGCCCAAUGGUAACACAUCACAAGUUCCACAAGAAUAUCGAAUGACAGUGCAUCUGUUUGGAGCAGUGUCCUCGCCGAGCUGUGCAAAUUAUGCAUUAAGAAGAACAGCAGAAGAUAAUGCUCAGCAAUUUCCAGCCGAAGUGGUCAGUACAAUUAAGCAUAAUUUCUAUGUGGAUGAUUGCCUGAAAUCUUUGCCUACAGCUGAUGAAGCAUCAAGAGGGAUGAAAGCGGAAGACUUUAUGGAGCAAAGUAAAUGGAUUAAUGGUCCUAAGUUCCUGCUUGAGUCUGAAGAUAAAUGGCCUAAACUGGAAGUAAGGUAUGACUCUCUUCCUGCUGAUGAUUCUGAAAUAAAAAAGAAUGUGACUAUCAACGCUGUUGUUGAGAAGAUUAAAUGCCCUACCAGUGUUUUCAUCUCCUAUUUCUCAUCUUGGGCAAAGCUAAAGACAUCUGUAGCUUGGGUUUUAAAGCUCAAAAAACUCCUUAUUUUGUUGUCUCAAAAAAGACAAGAGUUUUCUGCCAUGUUACAGCAGUCAGCAGAAGAUGGAAACACCAAGCAGGAAAAGGUGUCACAAAAGAUGCAGCAAUUUAAAGCUAGGCUGAAGAAGCAGUGUUUGACAUCUGAAGAUCUGGCUAAAGAUGAGCAUUUCAUUAUUCAGUUUGAACAACAUCGCAGGUUUGGUCCAGAGAUCACCUCGAUCAAAGUCAACAGGAUUGUUUCUAAAGACAGCCAGCUGUACAGACUUGAUCCAGUGUUGGACAAUGGAGUCCUCAGAGUGGGUGGACGCCUCAAAAGAGCUGCUAUGCCGUCUGAAACUAAACAUCCUGUCAUCCUGUCCAAAGACAUGCAUGUGGCAACAUUAAUUCUGUUCUACAUUCACCAUCUGCUUGGUCAUGCAGGAAGAAACCACAUGCUGUCCAGGCUGCAUGUGACGGCACCCAGAGGAUGUUGGCAGAUGGGGAGAGUCCUGGCGGUCAACGCUGAUGCACGAGGACUGGUUCGUUCAGUGCAACUUCGGACCAAAACCAGUGUGUUGGAGAGACCAGUGACGAAGCUCUGCUUGCUUUUGGAAGCAUCUGCGGACUAA